AUGCUGAGCCUUCAUGUAGUGUUGAAGAAGAUUUACACAAGUUUAGUGGAUCCUGCACUUGACCUAAUUGAUGCUUAUUAUCAGUCCCUGUUCGGGUGGAUCUUCAUGCCCCUAGCAGGGGUGAUGGGCGUGGAUUGGGCGGAGUGCGAGAAAGGGGCGAGUGAUCGGCAUCAAGUCCAUCGCGAACGAGUUCCUAGCGUACCAGAGGCUCUCCGAAAUGAAGAAGAACGGCGAUCUAGACGCCCCGAGAUCAUUGCCACGUACGCCCUGUGGGGCUUCAGCAACCUCAGCUCCAUCGGCAUUAACCUGGGCGGCUUCAGCGCCAUGGCCCCCGGCAGGAAGGCCGACCUGGCCAAGGCGUCGUGA